AUGAAAGGGGUGGACCCUAACGCUCUGAUAGCCCGAACCCCUAAUCUCAGCCACGCCUCGGCCGCCUCCGCCCUCGCCCACGCUAAUCGCAAACCGGUCGAAGUAUGGCAACCCCCGACCAGAAUGCCCGCAGCCGAAAAAGCGGCCCUGUGUGUUAAGGAUUUCACACCGCCUCAGCAACCCCAGCCGUCGACUCAAUAUAGUGCAGAAGGUUUGGGCGCUGCGCUGCUCGCAGUGCGCGAACAUCGGGCCGCGGCCCAAGCUCCGGCUCCCGUUCACAAGCGUGGUUCUUCCGUCGAUCGGUACAACCACAUUGCGGUCGGCGGUCACCCCAAAGAAAAGGCUCUCCAGGCCGCAACGGGCGCAUACACUACUUCCCGCAAGAGAGCCGACUCCGUACCUAGUGAUCAGGGGGUUUCGUCUGAUACGUCUUAUGCCUUAUCUGCUGCAGGCGCCUCACGACAUGCUCGCGUCGCGGAAGAUGCACCUCUAGACCACCUGGACGGGGCUAUGGAGGCCAGCCGGAUCCAUCAUAUUGCUAAUACCAAUGCGAAACUGUAUACCGCGGCUCCGCCUGUUCAGCCCGAGGUCGACGAGCAAAACUACAGGAACUCAUUGCGUGCUGCGGCUAUAUCAAUGGCGAAGGAUAUGUACAAAGUCACCGAUGCGAAGGAAUCUGGGGGAUCAGAUCCCGCCCUCGUCGCAGCCCAAAAGGGUCAGAGCCAAUUGGGUUAUCGCAAGACCGUAUCAACAGCGGAUGGAUCUGCUGUCCGGCGGGCAAUAGCUCUACAAGACGCAGCACAGAAGCGCGCCGCCGAGAAACUGGCUCGAAUGCAGGAUGAAAACGCCGAGUAUCAACAGUACUACGGCACGGCCCCACAAGCGCAACGAUCACGUCUCAGUCGUCGCAAGCGGACUUCUAGCGAUGCCGACGCAUCGCAGAUUGACGCUGAGCAGUCGCGCCAGAUUCGCAAUCAGAUGGCAGGUCUACGUACCAAACUGAAUCGUGUCGAUGACCGCAGAACCAAGGAUCGUGAGAUGCUGAUGCAGGCUGCUCGCCGAAACGUCGAUCAGACUCUCCAGGAUAUGGAGGCGCGGGUCUAUGCCAAUACUGGCCGGGCCCCACCUUCUGUGCAGAAGGGAUGGGAUGAAGUUGCGCAGGAGCGUGUACGUCGGGAGGCUGAAGCCUUCGAGUCUGCUACUCAGCAGGGUGACCGAGUCAAGAUCGGUAGUCAGCAAUACAUGGAUUACGCUGAUAUCGAAGCUGUUGCGCGAUCUCGACUACAGCCAGCACUUGAUGAGAUCACUGAGAAUGCCGAGCAGCAGCGGGCUCACGAUGUUGAGGUGCGCUUAGAUGCUGAAGAGAGACAGAGACAUGCUGCUGUGGAACGUCAGCGUGAGGCUGAGUUGAGAGAGUUGGAGAAGCAAGACAAGGGUAUGUUGCGCUCUUAUGUCUCAGUUCGGUUUAAGCUAACCAUCACAGACACACCAAAGAACAAAAGCGAGAGCAAGGUCACUAUCCCCAAGUUUUUCUUGUGGCGCAUGAAGGGCAAGCGCGCUCGCGUUGAGCAAUCCGAGGCCAAGGAAGCUCAGGCCGUCUCACCUGUUACCCAAGAACCUGCGGAGGAACAAGCGCUUGCUGCAAGCAACAACAUCUCGAAGGAUGUUAUCCCAGAGGAAGCUUCCAGUGACGUUGAGGUAGCCGGUGCCGGUCCCGUUGCGGUCGUCCCAUCCGCAGCGACAGAGCCCCACGAGCCGACCAAAGAGGCAACCCAAGAGCCCAUUCAAGAGCCCACCCCGGAACCCACUCAAGAGCCCAACCAAGAGCCCCUUCAUGUCCCAACCCUAGAGUCCGCUCCAGCCCAAGAGUCCACUCAGCCCUCCGAACUCGACGAUAUCCCGCCCGCAGUUCCGCGUCGCCGAUCCGCCCCUCUGAACAAUGCCCAACGCGACACACCAAUCCACUACUUCACACCACCUGUCAACAGCCCCCGUGCUGACUCUAAAUUGAAGUCUUGGUUCCGGGACCGCCUCGUCCGCCGUUCAUCUGGUCCAAUCCCCGUCUACCCCCACCAACCUGGACCCGACUUCACAGACAGCGAGCCAGCCUUCACUGGCGGUGCCGCGCUCACCGGCCCCGAAGAGCCGCGUGGUGCAGCACUGAGCUCCCACCCUUUCAACGGAAUCGAAAUUCCCACCCACAAUCGCUCAUCAAGCUACUACAGCAAUGACUUUGACGUAACAAAGACGCGAAGCGGAGAGUCCGGAGCAGGCUCCUCCAAGGGCCGGAAGAGAGAUCGGCUACGCAGGACUUUCCUCAGACGGGUGUCCCGCAGUGACGAUGAGCCAAUGGCUAAUGCUGAGGAGUCCAGGCGGGACUCCGAAGUGCAGAGUGUGAAGACUGACGGUCCUAGUGUGCAGAACAGUGCGCCGGAGCAGGGGCUACCAGCACCGCCGGCUGUCGGUGAUACUAUGACUACGAGGCGGGAGUCGAAGUUCUCGGAGGAUCUUUGA